AUGAUUCUGUACAAGCUCGUCGUGCUCGGUGAUGGUGGUGUUGGCAAGACUGCGCUUACAAUCCAGCUGUGCCUGAACCACUUUGUCGAGACCUACGACCCGACCAUCGAAGAUUCCUAUCGCAAGCAGGUUGUCAUUGAUGACCAGCCAUGCGUGCUUGAGGUGCUUGACACAGCCGGCCAAGAGGAAUACACAGCGCUUCGCGACCAGUGGAUAAGGGACGGCGAGGGAUUCCUGCUGGUGUACUCGAUCACAUCGCGGUCGACGUUUGAGCGCGUCGAGCGGUUCCGCGACCAGAUCAUCCGCGUGAAGGACCAGGACCAUGUGCCGAUGAUGCUUGUGGGCAACAAGUGCGAUAAGGCGCAGGAGCGCGAGGUGUCGUUCCAGGAGGGCCAGGCGAUGGCGCGCCGGCUGGGGUGCGACUUUGUCGAGUCAUCCGCCAAGACGUGCAUCAAUGUGGAGAAGGCGUUCUACACGACGGUGCGGAUGAUCCGACAACAGAGGGACAGCACCGGCAUCACCAGGCGGGAGAAGAAGAAGUCCAAGUGCACGAUCCUCUAG